CGUUUGUUUAAAAUCCUGAAGGAUGGAGGAGCUGGAAAUGCAGAAGGCCCUAAAGAAUUUGACAACACAAAACGCGAAAGCAUACCUGAUGAAGACCAGUAUGAAAUCUAAUCUUAGUCUCUAUGACCACUUGGCACGUGUCUUGAUUAAGGUACUAGAUGAGCGACCCAUGGAUGUCGUUGAUAUCUUUGAAGAUAUCAGCAGGGAUGUGAAAAGAUUAAGGUUUUGCAAGAAACUGGACACUCUGCGAGAUGAGCCUGAGCUGUCAUUUACUUAUGACAUGGCGGAGAUUCACAAGGGACUGUUUACCAAAGAGGCCGCAGAGGGAGUAGAACAGGAGCACGAUGAUGAAGCGUUGGAUUCUGCACUUCCUAAUGUGAUGGAACUGGCUUUCUUUUUUGAACAAGCUGGGAUUGGCCUGAGUCGAGAAGAAAUGUUUCGGAUAUUUCUUUCCUUGAAACAAUUGGUUGACACCCAGCCCUUACAAAAAUGUCGGUUUUGGGGAAAACUUCUUGGUAUUCAGAGCAACUACAUUGUGGCAGAGGUGGAAUUUCGAGAAGGAGAGGAUGAAUCUGAGGCAGAGGAAGAAGGUGAAGAAGGAGAGAAAGAAGGAGAUGAGGCAAAAGAUGAAGAAGAAAAAGAGGAAGCUGAAGAUGAACCUCCCAAAUCAACAUAUAAACCUCCACCAGUGAUCCCAAAAGAAGAGAAGCGAUCAGGCACCAAUAAGUACACCUACUUUGUGUGCAAUGAACCAGGAAAACCUUGGGUAAAAUUGCCACAUGUUACACCAGGGCAAAUUGUGGCAGCAAGGAAAAUUAAAAAGUUUUUUACAGGAAACUUGGAUACACCAAUUGUCAGUUACCCCCCUUUUCCUGGAAAUGAAGCAAAUUACUUACGAGCACAGAUUGCACGAAUCUCUGCGGGAACUCAAGUAAGCCCUCUUGGCUUUUACCAGUUUGGAGAGGAGGAGGAAGAAGAAGGAGAGGAAGGAGCAGCAAGAGAAACAUAUGAGGAAAACCCUGAGUUUGAAGGAAUACCUGUCCUAGACCUGGUGGAAAGUCUUUCAAAUUGGGUGCAUCAUGUGCAACAUAUUUUACCUCAAGGUCGCUGUGUGUGGUUUAACCCAACUCAGAAAGCAGAAGACGAAUUUGAAGAAGAAGGAGAGGAAGAGGAAAAAGAGGAACCAGAUGAGCCAGAACCUGAAGUGGGACCACCUCUCCUAACUCCACUAUCUGAAGAUACAGAAAUCAGUCAGAUUUCUCCAUGGUCGACAAAGCUGUCCUCUAACUUGAUUCCACAGUAUGCUAUUGCAGUUCUUCGAUCAAACCUUUGGCCUGGAGCACAUGCCUUUGCUACAGGAAAGAAAUUUGAGAACAUAUAUAUUGGUUGGGGACACAAAUACAGUCCAGACAACUACAGCCCCCCACCUUCAGGAGUGGUUCAGCCAGAGUACACUAGUGGGCCAGAGAUUAUGGAAAUGGAUGACCCAACUGUUGAAGAAGAGCUAGCCCUAAAGGCAGCCCAGGAGGAACAACGGGCAGCUGCUGAGGAGAUGGAAGAACUGGGGGAGGAGGAGGAGGAAGAAGAGGAUGAUGAAUAGAAAAGCGAUGCUGUAAAAUUCAGUAAAUCCAGAAUCAAAAUAGUUGCCAUUUACUAUUCUGGUGGACAAAACUCAAAAUAUGAGAGCUUUCUUAAUGAAAGAUUCUGUUAGAAUAAAUAUUGCACUUUCUCACUAUUCUGUGCACAGUGCGUUGAAUGUCUAUUAUAAAAAAUGCCUUUUUAAUGUUUUUUUUAAAAGUGUCAUUGGCACAACAGGUAACCACCCUUGUCUUUGGUGCAGAAGGCUGCGAGUUCUAUUCCCACACCAUGUAGAUAGAUUACUGAGACUUCAGUGUAGCAGAAUGGGCAGUGUGAUCCUGAUUGUGUCAUUCUUUGGAUGAGAUAUUGAACUGAGGUCCCAUCUGCUUGAGUUGGUGGUAGCUUAAUUGGAUGUAAAACAUCCCAUGUCACCUGUUGAAAAUUAGUAGGGGAAAUUCCGCAAUACCCUGCACAAAUUUUCCGUAGUAGUAUAAAUACAACUUCAGACCUCCCCUAAAAAUGGCUUACUAGCCUAGUGCAGUAACCCAGUCAAAAAAUGUAUAGAUAAAGCUCAAGGUGUCUUUUAUUUGUUUAUCUUUCUUAAAUGUAACUCAAUUUUUAAUCUGUUCAAACUCAGUACAGCUUGGUUAAUAAAUUAUACUUUGAAGAUUUUAA